AUGCCGCGAGUUUUGAGGUUACGAACAGUUUUAUCAUUGAUUGCUAUUUGUUGGGUUUGCGGACUUGGUUUUAUUUAUGUGAACUCGAAUAAUCAGGAAAGAGAGAGGGUGAGUUUUUUGGGAACAUUGGUUGAAAAUCUAGCUCCAACAAUCAUCAAUGUUUCAGAUAACAAAUCAACCUUAUCAACACUUCAAAAACCUUCAAAACCGGCCUCCGGCUCCACCUCCAGUUCCAUCAAUCGAUCUCCCAAUACAAUCGGGAGAGAAAUUCUCACCAAUUCCAACAAUCAAUCUCGCCGAUGACACAACAAUUCACAAAAGAACUGAAGUUGGAAUAACUUGGAAAACCUUUGAUAUCGAUAAAUUCCUAGAAAAAGGAAAAUUGAAGAAAGGAGAUGAUAAAUACAAAGCGAAUUCAUUCAAUCAAGAAGUUUCCGACAAUCUUCCACCAAUUCGAAAAAUCCCGGAUAGUCGUGAAGCAGUUUGUCAAAAUGCAGAUUUCUCCGGAAAACCAAUGAAUGCAACAAGUGUUAUUAUUACAUUCCACAAUGAAGCGAGAUCUACACUUUUACGAACUGUUUUUAGUGUUUUCAAUAUGUCACCAGAACCACUUCUGUAUGAGAUUAUCCUGGUUGAUGAUAAUUCAGAAGAUGAAACUAUUGGAAAAGAAUUGGCUCAAAUUGAAAGAGUUGUUGUUUUGCGGAAUAAUAUGCGAGAAGGAUUAAUUCGGUCGAGAGUUAAAGGAGCACAAGUUGCAAAAGCACCAAUUUUGACAUUUUUGGAUAGUCAUAUUGAAUGUAAUCAACAAUGGUUAGAACCAUUAUUAGCCAGAGUUACAGAGGUUUGUGUGAAACUUUCAAAACGUGUCAUCAUUUUUCACUCAAUUUUCUUCAGAAUCCCAAAGCUGUGGUUGCCCCGAUUAUUGAUGUUAUCAAUGUUGAUACUUUCAACUAUGUCGGAGCUAGUGCUGAUUUACGAGGAGGAUUUGAUUGGUCGCUGAUUUUCCGAUGGGAAUUUAUGAACGAAAAACUUCGGAAGCAGCGUCAUCAAAAUCCAACAGCUCCGAUUAAAUCGCCAACAAUGGCUGGUGGUCUUUUCACAAUCUCAAAAGAUUGGUUUGAGACCUUGGGAACUUACGAUUUGGAUAUGGAAGUUUGGGGUGGUGAAAAUCUCGAAAUGUCAUUCCGAGUUUGGCAGUGUGGAGGCGAACUAGAAAUUAUGCCGUGUAGUCGAGUUGGACAUGUUUUCCGAAAGAAACAUCCUUAUACAUUCCCGGGAGGUUCUGGAAAUAUUUUCCAGAAAAAUACGAGAAGAGCUGCUGAAGUUUGGAUGGAUGAUUAUAAGUUGAUUUAUUUGAAAAAUGUUCCAUCGGCGAGAUUUGUCAAAGUUGGAGAGUAAGUUAUAUCUUAAAAUAGCUGAAAUAAAAUGUAAUUUUCAGCCUAACAGAUAGACUUGCUAUUCGUGAUCGUCUACAGUGUAAAUCAUUCAAAUGGUACUUGGAAAACGUCUAUCCGGAGCUGAAAAUUCCAGAGUUCAAAAAAGCCAAAGUUUUCCAAGUGAAAAUGGCCAAUUUGUGCUUGGAUUCGUUAGGCAAAAAAGAAGGACAAUCUCCAGGAUUAUAUGGAUGUCAUAAUACCGGCGGAAAUCAGGUAAGAACUAUCAUUUUUCACCAGCAAAACACUCGGAAAAUUCCCCGAAAAAAUAAAAAUAAAGUGUCGUCAGGUUGCGUGUCUGCGUACACCGCGGUGUUUGCACACAUUCGACGUGUCGUUUUAUUUUUUCUUUUUUUUCGGGCGUUUUUUCGAGUUUUUAACUGGUUUAAGCUGAAGUUUUUGGUUAAAAUAAUUGAGAAACAUUUAGGAAUGGACAUUCGAUAAUGAUUCUCAAUUAUUCAAGAAUUCUGUGAACCAACUUUGCUUAAAAAUCGAAGCAGAUUCGUUGAAAAUGGUUGAUUGUUUGAGCGUUGGUGCAAAAACAUUUUUAAUGGAGCAUAAUGGUUGGCUGGUCCAAAAUGGAUUCUGCCUAACUGUUAAUAAAAAACAUGAUGAAUGGGUUCUUUAUGGAUCCACGUGUAAUUUAGAUAUUGGUGCCCAAAGGUGGAUUUUUGAAAAUUUAGACACCCUAACGUAG